AUGAAUUCCUUUAUCGCAUACACUGCUCUUCUCUUCCUCAUUGUCCAAAUCAUCGGCACAGCACCCCCACAGCAUAUCUUCCACAAACCCCGAGACUUUCAACCCACUGGAGACCGGAGAGAAAACGGCCGACGAUCUUUUGCCAACAUGCAUGCAUGGUAUGAUAUGCACAUGGACAGUCGCGUGUGGGAUAUGUAUCUCGGUCUCUGGUGGACCAAGCUCGUAAUCGCUCUGCUCAUUCUUGUCACUACUGGUCAGUUUCCGGGAACACUGAUUGGAUCGUUGGCUUACGUGGUGUUCUAUUUCUUCCUGGCUCUGGUGUUGAUAGUUACAGAGAGGCUUUGGGGUACCGUUUGCGGAUUAUUUGGGUUCCAUGACCUACUUGCUACGUGGUUCGACCCGUGA